GGGGAAAGAGAAAAAGUGGAAAUAGUAGGAGAAAAAGUUAGUAAGAUGGUAAUUAGAAUAUUAAUUGGGAUGAUAAUUAGAGUGAUAAUUGAUUGAUUAAUUGGGAUAGUAGAUGGGAGGAUAAAUGAGAAAUUGAAAAAAAAUAUUAGAUGGAAAGAUACAUACGACUGAAUUGUAGGAUUGAAGGGGAGAUUUCCAUUUUGACGACAAGUAGAGAGAAUGAGGGAGAAGUAUAGAAUAUAAGAUAUAGAAGAGGUGGAAGAGAGAGGUGUAGAUAAUAGAUGGGGGAUUAAGAGAUGGGAUGGAAGUAGAGGAAGAAGAAAGGGAAGAAAAGGAAAAGAACAGGAAGAGAAACAAUAGAAACAAUUGGUAUCAGAGCCAGAGCCAGAGAAUGAUUUGAUAUAAUAUGAGAUAAUAACAAAGGGAUGUAAACAAAAGGAAGAAAUGUGGGAUGUGAGACAGUGGAGGGAGGAUGAGUGGGAUGCUGAAGGGAAAAUGCCCAAUUGGGUCCAGAACACAGCCCACGCCGCAGAUCCAGCAAAGACAGCAGAGGCAGGAGAGGAAUUGGCACCUUUGCCGUCGUCGGAGGGCUGUUUUUGCCGGUGUUUCUGGUGCUUGUGGUGCCUGUGGUGCGGGUGCUGCGUCGUUUCGGGCGGCUUUUGGAACGGGAAAAGCCAGGCGCUACGCGUUUCCAGUUUCAGCUACAGACCCACAGGGGUGGAUUAAAUCCGCAAAGAUGGCAGUGCGUGUGAGUGCUACACCUACACAUACGUAAGCAUGCUAACGCAGAUAUGCUGCUGUGAGCCCUGUUUAUACAAACGUGACUAAAUCGUGACUAAAGUGUAGUGUGACUUGCAACCUGUUACAGCCCUGUUGUAUUAUUUUUGGG